AUGAUUCCAACCCGACGACUGGAGAGGGUGCUGAGUCCUAUCGUGGCCAUGCAAUGGCUUGGCCUGUCCCCUAGCUCCGGCAACUUCACUCCGAAGAGGAUUGCAUCCAUUUCUUGGGCAGUUCUCGUCGUUCUCCCAUUGACAGUACUCUUUUACAACAGCGUGUUUUUCAUUUCUGAUCUUUGUAAUGGUUUAGCCAUCCUCUACUACAUAGGUCGCAACAUUUUCGAUUGCAAAGACUUCAUUAAUCUGCUGGAGACUUACGACAAGAUGAACACACCCCUCAAAGAGGUGAAGUACACAUUCAGCUGGACUUUAUUCUUCCUGGCCAUUGAGAUAAUGAUAAAGUUGGGGGUCUGCUACUUACAAGGAGUUGUGAUAGCCGACAUUCUUCUCUUCAUUCACUGCUUCAAAGCAAUGGAGUCCCGAAUUCUUGUCUACAUUCUGAGGUAG